AUGAAUUUCUUUAAAGGAGUUUCAUUAGUAAAUAUUCCACGUAUAUCGUCUAUCGGUAUUACUCAACCCGUUAGAUAUUUCUCCAUUACAUCUCCAAUCUUUGCCAGAAAAACAUAUGAUAGAUAUUAUAAAAUUACCAAACAAUUGACAUCUAUUGAUAAAAGAGAUUAUCAACCAGGUCAAGAACGUCCAAAAUAUAUGUCUGUUCCUAAAGAAAUGCCAAAAUUUCCAAGAUAUGAUUAUGAAACUAGAUUUUUCAAGAGUCAAAAUAGAGGUUUAUAUGGUGGUUUACAACGUAAAAGUUCUAAAAAAUGUUCAGAAUUUUUAAAUAAAACUUUAAGAUCUCAUAAACCUAAUGCUGUAUGGACCAAAUUAUGGAGUGAAACUUUAAAUAAAAAAUUGAGAUUGAAAGUAGCUGUUAAAGUCCUUAAAACUAUUAGUAAAGAGGGUGGAUUAGAUGCAUACUUAUUGAAAAGUACUCCAGGUAGAAUCAAGACCAUGGGUUUGAAAGCUUGGCAAUUAAGAUAUGAACUUUUACAAGCUCAAGAACAAAAAGAAAGAGGUACUGUUACUCUACUGGACGAUCAAGUUAAACCAGUCACUUAUAUUCAUUCUAAUGGUUUAAAAUUCCAUGCUACCAAAGAAGAAUUAUUAGAUGAAUUACAUGAAGCUGUUCAAAGAGAUUCUUAUUAUCCAAUUAAACCAAUUCAUUUCGAAAGACGUUACAGUUGGUGGUCAACCAAACAAAUUGUUGAUAAAUUAGAACAAUAUAAAUGGGAUUUCUCCAAAUUUGCUCAAUAA